AUGCUGUUCUUCCUCCGCCUCGACGCCCCCCAAUCCUCUUCCUCCAAUACAUCCCCCUCCAUCCACCGCAUCGACUGGCCCGGCAACAUCCUCUUCGCCGGGUCCAUCCUCUCCCAACUCCUCGCCCUCGUCGGCGGCGGCGCCCUCCACCCCUGGACCUCCCCCUCGACCCUUGUCCCCCUAAUCAUCGGCAUCAUUGGCUGGAUCCUCUUCCACAUCUACGAGGCCCUCCCACCAAAAUACUGUCCCCAUCCCUGCAUACCUCCCCACCUCUUCUCCACCCGCAACAGCCUUCUCGGCUUCAUCCUCGCCUUUGACGCCGCCCUCCUCAUGCAAUGGACCCUCUACUUCAUCCCUAUCUACUUCCAGGGCGUGCAGCGCAAGUCCCCACUAACAUCAGGAAUUGACCUCCUCCCCUACAGCGCCUUCCUCAUCCCCUUCGCCAUGGUCGCCGGCACAAUCAUGUCCCGCACGGGACUGUGCCGCCCACUACACUUCACAGGCUUCGCAGCCCUCUCUCUCGCGUUAGGUCUCUUCACCCUACUCUCCGCUAACUCCCCCCGCGGCGCAUGGGUCUGUGUCCAGCUCCCCGCCGCACUAGGCCAGGGCUUCCUAGCUACUACUAUCCUCCCUGCUAUUCAGUCAUCCCUGGGUCCUGCCGAUACGGCGAGUUCUACGGGCGUGUAUGCGUUCCUUCGAUCGUUGGCGUUCGUGUGGGGAUCUACGGCUCCGGGGAUUGUGUUUAAUGCGAGGGUGGAUGUGUACGCGGGGAGGAUUCUUGAUUAUGAGACGCUGAGGGAGAGGUUGCUGGAUGGGAGGGCGUAUGGUGCGGCGGCGGAGUUUGCUGGGGAUUGGGGAGCGGGGAUGGAUACGGUGCAGAGAGAGCAGGUGAGGGAGGUGUAUCGGUUGGCAUUGAGGACAGUGUGGCUGGUGGGGUUGGCGUUUGCGUUGGUGGGCGUUGUGGUUGGGCUGGGGAUGAGGAGGGUGGUGCUACGGGGGGAGUUGGAGGAGAAUGGGUAUGGCUUGAAGGAGAAGGGGGAUGUCCAGAGGGAUGACAAGGAGAGGGUUGUGGAUGAGGCUGUGGGUGAGGAUGAGGGGGAGGCAAAGAGGGAGGGGGAGGGAACUGAAAGUAGGGCUUGA